AUGAGGUUUAAUUUGUCUCAUCUGAUCCCUGCUGAACUUAAGGAACGUAAUAUGGGACUUCAGACCAGAAGAACACAUUUCACCCUGGAGGGUCACAAGUUCAUCAUCUUUGGCGGCUCUAUACACUACUUCCGGGUGCCCAGGGCAUAUUGGAAGGACCGGAUGUUGAAGCUGAAGGCCUGUGGCUUCAACACCCUAACCACCUAUGUUCCGUGGAACCUCCAUGAGCCAGAAAGAGGAAAAUUUGACUUCUCUGGGAAUCUGGAUCUGGAGGCCUUUAUCUGGAUGGCUGCAGAACUUGGGCUGUGGGUGAUACUGCGUCCAGGUCCCUAUAUCUGUGCUGAGAUUGACCUUGGUGGUUUGCCCAGCUGGUUGAUACAAGACCCAAAUCUGAAACUGAGGACAACCAGCAAGGGCUUUGUUGAUGCAGUUGAUCAUUAUUUUGAUUAUCUGAUUCCCAAGGUGAUCCCUCUCCAGUAUCACUCAGGAGGCCCUAUUAUUGCUGUCCAAGUGGAGAAUGAAUAUGGCUCCUAUAAUAAAGAUAAAAACUACAUGCCGUAUAUUCACAAGGCCCUGCUGCAAAGAGGGAUUGUUGAAUUUCUCGUUACCUCAGAUAAUGAGAAAGAUGUGACCAAAGGCCACAUAAAAGAAGUGUUUGCCACCAUCAAUACGGACACGCUUAGCAAGAAAGUAUUUAGUCAGCUUAAAAAAGUGCAGAAUAAAAAACCCAUUCUGAUCAUGGAAUUCUGGGUUGGAUGGUUUGACACUUGGGGAAGCAAACACUUUGCUAAAGAUGUAAAGGACGUUGAGGAUACUGUGCUUAAAUUAAUCAAAGCUGAGAUUUCCUUCAACAUGUAUAUGUUCCAUGGUGGGACCAACUUUGGCUUUAUGAAUGGGGCCACACACUUUAAGAACUACAGAAGUGUUGUCACGAGUUAUGACUAUGAUGCUGUGCUGACCGAGGCAGGGGAUUACACAGAAAAAUAUUUCAGGCUUCGAAAACUCUUUGGAUCUUUCUUAGCCACUGCUUUGCCUCCUUUACCUGACCUAGUUCCAAAGGCUGUGUAUCCAGCUGUGAGAAUGUCACUCUUUUUGCCACUGUGGGAUGUCCUGAAGUACUUGGAUGAGCCAGUGAAAUCUGAUACACCAAUCAAUAUGGAGAAUCUUCCUAUAAACCAUGGGAAUGGUCAGUCCUAUGGAUUUGUACUCUACGAGACUUCUAUAUGCUCUGGAGGUAAACUGCAUCUUCAUGUUCAAGAUUUGGCACAGGUAUUUUUAAAUGAGAAAGUUAUAGGUGUUCUGAGCAAUGGUUUUCAGAAACUGAACAUUCCCAGAUUCCAGGGUUGCCAGCUUCUAAGGAUUCUGGUGGAGAAUCAAGGACGAGUCAAUUAUUCUUGGAAAAUUCAAGAACAACAGAAAGGACUAAGUAAGGAUAUUUUUAUCAAUAACAUUACCCUGAAAGGUUUCACUAUUUAUGCUCUGGAAAUGAAAACUAACUUCUUUAAGAGGCUCCGUUCUGCUAACUGGAGGCCUACUCCAAUGAACUAUUCUGGCCCUGCCUUCUACCUUGGUACACUGAGGGCUGGCCCUUCUCCCAAGGACACCUUUCUGAGACUGCAGAAAUGGAUGAAUGGAUUUGUGUUCAUCAAUGGCCACAACCUUGGGAGAUAUUGUUAUACCGGACCUCAGAAAACACUUUACCUUCCCGGGACCUGGCUUCAUCCAAAAGACAAUGAGAUCAUCCUGUUUGAGAAAAUAAUGAGUGGUUCAUACAUCCAAUCCACAGAUAAACCUUGUCUGCAAAACUCUCUUUCAACACGGUUAUUGAAUUCUUAG